AUGCACCAUCUCAUCCGUGCAUUGAUGAACUUACGAUAUGAUGGUGGCAUAAGAGUUGUAUUUUUGCCAUCCAAUGUAACAGCUCUUUGCCAACCAAUGGAUCGGGGUGUGCUUCAAAUGCUAAAGAGAAGGUACCGCCGGCGAUUUCUAAAAUCCUUGUUGUUAUUGUCCUGUCCAAAGAAGUGCAGAGUGCGAAAGAAAGAAAGCAAAAAGCUCGUUUCAUUGCUUGAAAAUAUACCAGGAUGCGGCUGUGUCAGUGAAGAGGCUAUCACAGAAUGGAUGGAAAGUGACGAAGUUCAUGAAAUGACUGACGAUGACAACGUAGAAAUGGUUGUACAAGAAGAAAUACCAGAAGAAGAGGAGGAGAUCACAGAAAAUCUCAUCCCACACUCAGAAGGAUUUAAAAUGAUUGAGGCAGCUCUUGAGUACAAAAGUCAGCAAGAGGAAGCGACUCUAGCUGAUGUAAUCUACUUGUGUAAGUGGAGAGACAUUGCUUCUCGUAAAAGGGCUGAAAAGCAAAAACAGUUCUCCAUCAAGGACUUUUUCUCAAAAUGA